AUGAAACAGAUUAACAGGCUUAGGAAUAAGAAGGCUGUCCUUCACGCCAAGAAUUACGAUCUUGAAAUCGAGGAAUUGGAGAAGAAAGCUUGCGAAGCCUCUUCGGUGGUAGCUGUGUCUGAUUCCAGAGAAGAUCAACCCAGCGACGCUUGCUCUGCAGAGGAUGGGGAUGAAAAUUCAUCAUUAUCAGCUGAUUUGGAGGAUUAUAUAAAAACGCUCAUGGGAAGUCUUGACGAUGAGACUGCUAAUUGGGGUACACCAUACGAGAACUCGGCUAGGGUAGUGGAAGAGGAAGCGAAUGAAGUUAAGGAGUCUCCCAGGGUCCAGUCAAACGAUGAUGUAUAUUUUGAUGAGGAAGUCGAUCAUGAUACCGCACCCCAUCCAAACGUGUCAGGUAGCUCCUCCAGUGAAAAUGCAUCAGCUUCGCUACUUGCUUUGUUAAUGAAUGUUGUGAACGCAAACUCAGACAUUAUGAAAAAAACCUCGGAAGUAUUGAUUCGGCUUGAGAAAAAUAGCAGGCUUGUUACUGAUGACUUCGAUACAGGCUCCAAAACAUGCGCAAGAGCUUAUCAGGAAAUCACUUUUGAAAGAGCUGACGUAGAAUUCUUUUUAAGUAAGAUGAAGCAAGGUACUUACCUUAGUAGUUUUGCUGGUAAUGGGUCUGUCGAAGCCUACCUGCGAAAUAAUCCCGUACCAACUGAAACAGAAGAUGAAGUUCAAAAUUGGUUUAAUGAUCUGAUGCCAGAACUCCCAAAAUUUAAUAAGAAAUUCAUUGUUGAGGAUACACACGUUAAUCCAUACCUUGACGGAUUUAAGCCGGAUUUAAGCGUCUUUCUUGAGGAUGAUGCCAGAAAUAAAACUUAUAUUCCUAUGUUUGUGCAAACUCUUUUAGAGCCAUUACGUGAACAUUUUGCGUUAUUUCUAUCGGAUGGAUUUCGCUUCUAUGUAAUGAUUUAUGAAAGGAAUACCAAACGAUAUAGAGACUUUACGACCAAUUUCAGGACCGGAUUGCGCCUUUUUUACGUAUUGCUCCAAUAUGACUCAUCUUAUACAAGAAUGGCUAGACCUAGAAACAUCAGAUUUUACACAACACCCGUGCAGUACACAAAUAUACACCCGAUGGAAUUUUUAGGCCUGGGUUCAACUUCGACAGUAUAUAAGAUUAAUUACAAUAAUACUCAAGUUGCUUUAAAGCAUUCUCAAAGUGUUGAUCUAUAUCGUGAGGCACAAAUUCUACAAUUUUUGAACGAGAACAAUAUUCAAAACAUUCCAAAUUACAUUACGCAUGAUAACCAUUCAAUAAUUAUUUUCCCACUCCUUCGCCUAUUGAGACGUAUUCAUAGUUUAAAGGUUUUUCAUCGCGAUAUUCGUCCAGAAAACAUCUUGUUAGAUACUGUCAAUAAUUCGCUAAUUCUUGCUGACUGGGGAUCAUCAAUCCGUAAUCCUCCUAACGAUCAGGUGCCCUAUGAAGGAACAAUUUCAUUUGCUUCACCGGAUAUUCUGAAUAACGAUCUGGGAUUUCACCAGCCUAAAGCAACCGACGAUCUUCAUUCUUUCGUACGAUCAAUGUACGCCCUACAUAAUCUACUGAAGGUGCUGACUAUUAAUCCUAAUGAAACUCUCGUGUCAAAAGCACAGAUUAUCAGAAGAUUCUGGGGUGAUAAUGUGAAUGUUAAAUUGGAUGGUGUAUUAUAG